UUGCGGACGCUAUGACCAUUAUACUAUUUUUGGUCGACACAUCCGCGUCGAUGUGUCAGAAAGCAUACGUUAAUGGUGUACAAAAAUCAUAUCUGGACAUAGCGAAGGGCGCUGUAGAGACAUUCCUAAAAUAUCGUCAACGCACACAGGAUUGUCUUGGUGAUCGCUAUAUGCUGUUAACUUUCGAAGAACCACCCGCUAAUGUAAAGGCCGGUUGGAAAGAGAAUCAUGCAACAUUCAUGAACGAGCUGAAAAAUCUACAAAGCAAUGGACUCACCUCAAUGGGUGAAUCAUUAAAGAAUGCCUUCGAUUUAUUAAAUCUGAAUCGCAUGCAAUCCGGCAUCGACACAUACGGUCAGGGACGGUGUCCAUUUUACUUGGAGCCGUCUGUAAUCAUUGUGAUCACCGAUGGUGGACGGUAUUCGUACCGUAAUGGUGUACACCAAGAUAUCAUACUGCCGUUAAAUACACAAAUACCAGGAACAAAUUUCACAAAAGAACCAUUUCGUUGGGAUCAACGACUAUUUUCCUUAGUUCUGCGUAUGCCUGGCAAUAAAGUGGAUGAACGUGCUGAGGGUAAAGUACCACACGAUGAUUCGCCCAUAGAACGUAUGUGUGUGGUGACAGGCGGACGUUCGUAUCGUGUGCGUUCGCAUUAUGUUCUAAAUCAAUGUAUAGAGAGUUUGGUGCAGAAAGUGCAACCGGGAGUCGUCUUACAAUUUGAACCAAUGCUACCGAAAGACGGCGUGCCAAAUGAAGCGCUUCAAGACAUAAUAUUUCAACCAAUGAAGAAAAUGAUCUAUGUGCAAAAACAUAUUUCACAAAAGACCUUCCCAAUUGGAUACUGGCCAUUGCCGGAACCAUAUUGGCCCGACCCGAAAGCGGUUACAUUGCCGCCUCGCGAUGCACACCCCAAAUUGAAAGUAGUCACACCCGCAGUUGACGAACCGCAAAUGGUGCGUAGUUUUCCUGUUGACAAGUACGAAAUUGAAGGCAGUCCGCUGACCUUGCAGAUAUUGCAAAAACGUGAAAUGAACAAAUGUUGGCAGGUGAUCAUAUCGAACGGAAUGCAUGGUUUUGAUUUACCAUUUGGUUAUUUGAAGGCCUCGCAGAAUUUAACACAAGUACAUCUAUAUGUAUUGGCAUACAACUAUCCGGCGUUAUUGCCGCUGCUGCACGACCUUAUACACAAGUAUAAUAUGAGUCCGCCCAACGAUCUCAUGUAUAAGUUUAACGCUUAUGUGCGCUCAAUACCACCAUACUACUGCCCGUUUUUGCGAAAAGCGUUACUAAACAUCAAUGUACCGUAUCAGCUGCUCCAAUUUUUAUUGCCGGAAAAUGUCGACAAUUAUCUGUCACCGAACAUCGCCAAUCAGUUGAAGCAUAUCAAAAACACCGCAAAGCAAGACCAAGAAAAUCUCUGUAUGAAGGUGUAUAAACAGUUGAAACAACCGAAACCGCCGUAUCGACAAAUCGAAACAGCAAAAUUAAAUCCCGGCGUACCAUUGAGACGCGAUCUUGUCCGUCAUCCAUUGUUGAGAGAGACAUUUUCUAAAUUACACGCUGAGAUUGAACCACUUGAGAACUACACUAUUGUUGUACCACAGCUAACGCGUCAAUCGUCGGCGAAGUCAUACCGCAAUCCAUUCGAUAUACCACGCCGCGAUUUGAUGGAAGAAAUAGCGCGUAUGCGCGAAACUGUGCUACGACCCACACCCACCAGUUUGGUGGCGAAAGAUUCCGGACACUGCCUACCCAUUGCCGAAAUGGGUAAUUAUCAGGAAUACUUGAAGAACAAGGAUAAUCCUUUACGCGAAAUCGAACCGACAAACGUGAGACAACACAUGUUUGGCAAUCCAUACAAAAAGGAUAAGCAUAUGGUUAUGGUGGACGAAGCUGAUCUCAGUGAUGUGGCGCCAAUGAAAUCAAAUAACGGUGCCGGUGGCGCGCCACUACCGGGUGUGCCAGGUGGCAUUGUGCCAAAGAAAAUCGAUGCAUCACGUGCACGCAAGCGCAAAGCCGGUCCCAUACGCAAGGACUACAUAUUUCGACGUACUUCCACGGAUGUGAGACCUAGCACACCAAGCUUGAAUGUAACAUCUGCAAAUGCCUCAAGCUCCUCGGUUUCUUCAAUGUCCGAUUUCGAUGAUGACAGCACUUCAGAUACUGCGUCCAUAUCAUCGAACAUGUCCGAUGACGGUGAUUCGGAUAGACUUGUUGUGGCGUUUGAUUUCAACGAAGACGAACCUGGUGAACCGCUAAUUAAUGGUUAUGUACGUAAUUUUAUAAACGGCAUUAGCGAUGAAAGUAGCUGUGAUUCCGAUAUGAGUGGGCCCAGCACAACGCCGAUCAGUUCGACGGCUGGUAUCAGCAUGACGGUUGGUGGCACAUUGCCACUGCCACCUGUAGUACAGAUGCCGGGCAAUAACAAUGUAUUAACACCCAUGUCGCCGCCAGGUUCACCACAACCCUAUAUAAAUAAUUUUGGUCAAUCGAUUAUGACACCUGCGGAUGUGGCGCCUGCUGCUAUUGGCUCUAUAGUAGCGUCAAACGUGUUGACAAAUACCAACGCCACGCUAGCGCCUAACGUUUUCGCUGCACCACUUCAAAUCAACGGUAACGCUUUGCUUAGUAUUCCGACAACCACGCCUGCACUGGGGGCGCCAGUACCCGUUGCAACCCCAGCGACAGUCACACUUAACACCCAAGCACCUGCCUAUCAACACAACGAUAUUAACGAUGCUCAAGAAAUUUCACGCAUAUUACAACAAUGCCACAAUGGCAAUGCUGGCAUAUCGAAUACGGCUGCCGCGCCGAAUCCUGACACCGCAGCCAUUGCAGGUGCGCAGGUCAAAAUGGAAACAGCCGAAUCUGUGCUAAUGCCACCACCAUCAGCCGCAGUUGCGAAUUCCCUCUCAACUGUGACACUUUCAACCAAUUUCGAUACAUUGAAACGCGAGUCAAUGACCAAUAAUGUGGGUAUAGCCAAUUCAAAUCAUAUGACCAAUCAUAAUCAACACAACAGCGUUAAUAACAGUAGUAUAACAAGUAGCAAUAAUGUCGGUAACGGCGCUAGUCAACGUAACUCAAUUGUGGUGUCGGGGCCACCGCCACUCACAGACGAACAACGAGAUGCCGCACGUAAACAUAACCUAGAAAUACGAACACAAGUUUUUCGCGAUAUACGACGUCCAGGUCGUAAUUAUACACAAUUGUUAGAACAUCUCAAUUUAAUUAAGGGCGAUUUUGAAAUGAAAUCAAAUUUCAUAAAAAUGUGCAUCAGCGAAUCGUUGCGUUUCCGACGAAAACAAAUGAUUGACAGCAUACAGGAGUGGUGGGACAAGAAACAGCAACAAUUACAAACCACAACAACACCAACAACAACGGCGACAAGUUAACAAUUACUAUUAUGGAGUAUCAAUUGAGCUAGUGAGCCAUAUACAGGCAAACCCGUCAACGGCGAUAGUUUUCGUUAAGAAAGAGAAAA